AUGAAAUGGCCAAUUACGACAAGUAAUACCAUUAAUACUCCAAAAAGUACUGGAAGCAGAGCAACAACAUCAGGGAAGAGUACAUGGGCAGAUAUGGUGGAGGAAGAGACAUCGAAAGUGAGAUCUAUAGAAAGGCCAAGUGAAGGAGUGACAUGGAGUAGAAUUGUAGGGACAACAUCGCAGAUAAAAGGACUGGAUCUGAAUGGGGAAGUAAACCCUAGUCUCAAUGUUAAGAUAACAAGUGAGGAUAUGCAAGAGGAAGUGAAAUAUUGGGAAACAGUUGUGGGUGUGUUUAUAGUGCGUUUCAACAAUGAUGAGAAUAGGGGAAUAGCAGUGGAAAAAGGUGUGCAAAUGUUCGACAAAAAGCCAGUAAUAGUGAAACCAUGGGAACUGGAUAUAGAGGUAACAAAAGAGAAGGUGAAAAAAGUGCCAAUUUGGGUGAGAUUGGUAGGGUUAGAUAUAAAAUAUUGGGGAAAGAAUUCUCUAACCAAGAUAGCGGGGUUGAUAGGACAUCCAUUUAGAGAAGACAGAGCAACAACACGAAAAGAUAGAUUAACGUUUGCAAGAGUAUUGAUAGAGAUGCCUCUAAAUAAGGAAUAUCCCAAAGUAAUAGUGUUUGAGAAUGAAAUAAGGAAGGUAGUGCAUCAGCAGGUUGAAUAUGAAUGGAAAAUGAUAUUAUGCACAAAAUGUAAGAAUUUUGGGCAUGAUAUAAGUGAGUGUAGAAAACAACUAAAGGAGAAUGAGAAGCAACACAAAGGAGAACAAGUGAGAAAUGGAGAAGGACAACAAAGGGUUGAUAAAGUGGACGAAAUAAGAAAUGCCAGGAAAUCUAGUAGAAUAGAGAUACAAAGGGGGAAGACUCAAAUAAGGGAAACUGAGACAACUAACUCUUUCAAUGUGUUGGGAGAGAUAGGGCAAGGAAGUAAGGAGAUAACAGCAGGGAAUAAUGCGAUAGGAAAUGAGCAAAGGAAGGAGAAGGAUGGGGAAGACCCCAUCCUGAAUGGAUAA